CCAUAGCAUCCUCUGUGUUUGUAGCUACGUUAGCUCUCUCAUUAAGGUAGUGGAUCAGCCUUCACACAGGCUGCUGGACGCACAAAAGCAGUGGAGGCUUGUAAUUUUUUUUGUAACGCGAUAAAGAUUAAAAGGGCAGCAGAUGAACUAAGGUAUAUUUCUGGUGGAAGAUAUAAUCGGAGAUGUGUAAUAAGCUGCAUUGGACACUUAGGACCUACCUGGCUUCCAGCCUAUCAACUGACAGCUGUCACCGCACCUAGCUGCUGAGCUAGCUCUGUGCUAACAGCUAACAAGUGUUUUUUCGGGAUAAAUUAGCCAGCCAGUGCUACUCUCGGUUCAGAGAGGAAACGCGUUGACUUCCGCAAGGACGUUAUAUCGUAUUAUUUUCUCAACAGAAUUUGACUCCGCCUGCUGUUCACACAAUGAGUUAGCUAAGGUGCGUCUGACUGCAGUGUUUGGAAUAUUUCAGGUCCAGCUAAGUAAGCUAGCAUCUAGCCUUGAAGCUAGCUUCCAUUCAAUUAUUGAAAAACUGCUUAAGCGUUAACCCCAGCACUACACCGCAGUGGGACUGCUUCAAUCCAGACUCAGUUGUUUUUUUUACGAUACUAACACAUUUUGGACUUGCUUUGAAUAAUUCGGGGUGGGGGGGAAAUGAAGAAAUUCUUUGACUCCCGUCGGGAGUUGGUGAGCUCCGGGCCUGGAUCUGGAGCCGGUGGAGGAGGCGCUGGAUCCGGCGGUGGAGGCAGCUUCAUCGGACGGGUGUUCACCAUUGGACGGUAUCAAGUGACCGUGGAUGAAAUUGUCGCAGAAGGAGGUUUUGCCAUAGUUUUUCUGGUGCGGACUCAUCAAGGCGUACGUUGUGCACUCAAACGGAUGUACGUCAACAACGAACAUGAUCUGCAAGUCUGUCAACUUGAGAUUCAGAUUAUGAGGGACCUAGUGGGCAACAAAAACAUCGUUGGUUUCCUGGACUCCAGCAUAACAGCAGUCGGAGCUGGCGAUGUUUGGGAAGUCCUAAUCUUAAUGGACUUCUGUCGAGGUGGGCAGGUGGUUAACCUCAUGAACCAGCGGCUGCAGACAGGCUUCACUGAGCCCGAGGUGCUACAGGUGUUUUGUGACACGUGCGAGGCGGUCGCUCGUCUCCACCAGUGCAAUACUCCAAUCGUACAUCGAGAUCUAAAGGUGGAAAAUAUCCUUCUGCACGACCGGGGACACUAUGUGCUCUGUGACUUUGGAAGUGCCACCAAUCGCUUCCAAAACCCUCAGACAGAGGGGGUGCCGGUGGUGGAGGAGGAAAUCAAAAAGUACACUACUCUGUCAUACCGCGCUCCAGAGAUGGUCAACCUCUACGGGGGAAUGAUUAUCACCACAAAGGCUGACAUUUGGGCCAUGGGUUGUCUACUCUACAAGCUUUGCUACUUCACGGUUCCUUUUGGGGAGAGCCAGGUGGCUAUCUGUGAUGGAAGUUUCACUAUACCAGACAACUCCCGCUAUUCCCACGACAUGCACUGUCUCAUCAGAUACAUGCUGGAACCUGACCCAGAUAAGAGACCAGACAUCUACCAAAUAUCCUACUUUGCCUUUAAACUGGCACGACGAGAGUGUCCAGUCCCAAAUGUAAAUAAUUCCCCUAUCCCUGCAAAACUUCCCGAGCCCAUCAGAGCCAGUGAAGCAGUGGCCAAAAAGAGUCAUACCAAAGCCAGGCUCACAGACCCCACUCCUACCUUGGAAACCUCAAUCGCUCCUCGCCAGCGGCCCAAAGCUGGCCAGGCUCAGCCCCAGCCCAUAUCAGGCAUCCUCCCCAUCCAGCCAGCGCUCACCCCCCGCAAGAGACCCAAUGUGGCAGCUGGAGCCCCCCAGCCCAUGGGUGUUGGUAUCAAUGUCCCGCCUACAGCUGUAGCCGCUGUCCAAGCCGCUCAACAAACUCCUGCUGCACCUCAGCCAGCUCAGACCGCCAACAUGCAGCCGCAGGCGACACCUCAGCAUCAGCAGCUCCUCAUGAAGCAACAGCAAGCCACGGCCUUCCUCAGCCCACAGAGCAACCAGCAGCAUCAGCUGGCACAGAGCCUCCAGCAGCAGCAGCAGCACACUCCGUUCACCCUGCCGCAGUCCAAAGCUAAGCCUGUUCCUCCAGUUAUUGAAUCCACAGCUCCUCAUCUGACCCCGAUCCCUGAGUCCGCAGUGGUCGGUCCUGCAGCUGACCCAGAGAAGGCUGGCCGGUUGAUCCACAAAGUCGGCUCACUGACACCCCCCUCGUCGCCAAAGAUGGCCCCCAAGAGCGGCCACAGACGCAUAUUGAGCGAUGUCACUCACAGCGCCGUGUUCGGGGUCCCAGUCAGCAAGUCCACCCAGCUCCUGCAGGCAGCCGCAGCUGAGGCCAGCCUCAACAAGUCCAAAUCAGCCAGCACCACCCCCUCCGGCUCCCCCUGCUCGUCCCAGCAGAGUGUGUAUCAUCCAGGUGAUGCUGACGCCAAAUCCGCCCUGACUGCCCCCAACAAUCAGCCCAGCUGGAACCCCUUUGGGGACGAUAACUUCUCCAAGCUCACAGCCGAGGAGCUGCUCAACAAAGACUUUGCGAAGCUGGCAGAGACUGCUGCGCCGGGAGAGAAGGUCACAGGCUCCAGUGAAAAUCUCAUUUCCGGGAUCAAUGCUUUUCCAGAGAAGCUGAUUGAGGGACUGAAGUCCCCUGAAACCUCUCUGCUGCUCACCGACCUCCUAACCCCGGCUAACCCCUUCAGUAGUUAUUCAGAGAGCUCCAUCAAUGUGAAAUCAGAGGUGUGUGUGGAUUCACUGAUUCCUGGGUUGGAAGCCCCCCAGGCCCAGAGACUCUCAGGCCAGCCCGAGCUCAUCCCCUCCAGCAUGCCAGACUCUCUCACUGGGGAGGACUCUCUGCUGGGCUGUGAUCUGUUAUCUCAUGCUACUCCUCACGGAAACCAGUGUGUUUCCGCUCUCCCAUCCUCCUCCUCCUCAUGCUCCUCGGCUCUUCCUGGAUCCUGUCUGGAGGAGCUGCCGGCAGUUCAGACAGCUUCUGACUCUGCUUUCCUCAUGUCGUGUGGGGAGAAGGGCAAUGGCGACGAGUUUGACCCUAUUCCCGUGCUCAUCUCCAAAAACUCAAACCAAGAUGCUCCAGGUGAGAGUAAUGGCUACUCUGUGCUUGGUGAGGGACCAGAAACUGAACCUCGAGAUUUUCAAGCAAACCAGGGCUGUGUGCACUCCAGCGAGGACGAAGAGGAGGAGGAGGAAGAAGAAGAAGAAGACCAUGAAGAAGAGCAGCAGGAUGAGGAAGCCGUUGAGAUUCACACAGCAGCUCUUGACUGCAGCGGCUCCAGGCCUCUGCUGAUGGAUUCAGACGACGAGGAAGAGCCGCAGUUAGAACUCCACCCGUCGCCGGACCCCAGCCCUGCACCAACACAACCACCUACCUUCCACCACCCCCCUCCAGGCACAUUCGUUCAGAAUCAUGUUCAUGACCCAGCGAAAGGAGCAGAUGCUGCUGCAGAUGUUUUCUCUAAAGCCCCUUUCCCCAUCACGCAAGAUGAAUCAGCCGAUGUGUUCGCCAACGCUCCGUUUCCACGCGCCUACGUUGCGGUGCCGCAGCCAUUCGAUGUGUUUGCUCAGGCUCCGUUCGGAAAAAGAAAGGAGGCUCUCCCCUCGUUUCCUCAUGCUGUGACCCCCGAUCCAGGAGCGCUGGGACAAGUUGCCCAACAGCCUUUCCGCCCACAAGCUCUGGCCAAAUAUUCCCGACACUUUGAGGGACCUGUGCCCCAGCAGCCAGUAGCAGCUCAGCGCGUCGUGUCUAACUUGGACCGGCAAGCCGCUGUGGCCUCGGUCCCUGUAGGACCUCUUCACUCAUGGACCUCGGAAGUGGGCGCUGUGGAUCCUUUCGUCUCUGCACCCUUUCCCUUCAAGGCCCCGCAAGAAAAGCCCUAAACGCACACUCAGAGGUCAGGGCACUCAUCACUGAAUUAUGCAAACUGUAUCAGGCGUACUGCAUGCUGUCACCAGCGCUGCAGCUGGACUGCAGGCCUGCUGCUCCAUGGGUCUCACUCUUAACUGGCUCCAAUUAGUGAUAGCGCAUCUUUACACUUGAAUGCUCUGAAAACUGACAUCAUGACAUGACUCCUGCUCACUUUUUAUUCCCUACCGCCUUUUGAGUUAAUCCUUUUGGUACGUACAUCUACACACACGGUGGUAAAGCAUCUGAUUGUUUUCUUGCCUACCUCAGUUUCUUUUUUUGUGUGUCAGCAUUGAAACACCGCACAGAGAGGGGGGUUUGUAGAUUGUUUGCACCGUGGGCGUUUUCAUUUCCUGUGCGUUUGAGCUUCACUGUGAAACUAUGAUCUGAUAACGCCUAUUCCUCCAUCGUACUAGCUCUCAAAAACAUGUGAAAUAGCUUGAAUCAAACGAUCAUAACUUCAAAGGAAGCCCGGAAGAGGAAAAGACACAGUAAAGAAAUGUGUAAACAACAUAAAUAUGAUUCCCGCAGGUUGUGGGCUGACAGUUUAUGAGGUCGGUGCUGGAUGAGGAUGCAAAGAUAUACCAUUUGAUGAUAUGAAAUGUAACUUUAAUUUGAUUCCAAAACUGUGUCCUGUUUAUUAUGUUUGUGGUCUCUGUCCUGUCUUAUGGAAGUGGAAUAUCAGAGUUUCUCCAUGUGUGUGUUAUCGUGCAAUGUUAGGCAUAGCAAAUACAUAAUAGUAUGUUAGAUAAAUGUAGAAGACUCACUUUCUUUAUUUCUACUCACUGUACAAGAUAAAGCCUUACACUCUAACAGUACGUCCCUCCAAACAGCAUUCAUCACUUUUGCCUUUUGUGCCCUCCUUAAAAAAAAAUGCUGCAUUAUCGUCAUUUACCAAAUACCUGGCGUACAGUCAUGUCCAUCUUUAUUUUGCCGUCUGCAGUAUGAUAUUGCACCAGUCACUUCUGAAAUGCAUCUCUAUCAGGUGUACUAACCGGGAUUGAUCAACACCUGAAGUGAAAACUUUAAAAGACAAAUGCUUUCCUGCAGUCACACACAGACACACACGCAUCUACAGCACGUAUGCUUUUUAUUUCCAGUCAGGGAUUGUAUUUGUAGUAUCUUGUGAGUGAGAUCUUGAAUGGUGGCUGAUUGAUGACAUUCCUUUUGAACUUAUUUCCAUCUGGAUGUUUUAUUGUCUUUGUGCUCUGUAAAAUCAUGGACACUUCAUGGGUUUCCACCAUGGCACUUUUUAAGAAAGGGGAUCCAACCUGUUUCAGCCCAAAGUUUAAUUCAUGUGUUCCUCUGUUGCAAUGUAAGAUCCUGUAUUCUCUUUCUUUUUGAAGUGUACAAUCUUUUUUUUAAAUAAUUGCUCAUUUUUCUCACUCGCCUUGUAUACAUGAAGGUUGCACAUAGUACCCGACACAGAGUCAGGGUUCCCUACAAAGGUGUUUUGAUUGUAACACCGCUGUAAAAUGUAUUUCAACCCGUGUAGUAUAGGAGGAUUCAACAACUGACAGUUCUGUUGGACAUCAAAAGCACUCGAAAUACUUGUUAUGCUGCACAGCCUGCCUUCGAAAACUAUGUUGUAUGUCAUAAAAAAAACUAUUAAAUGAAUGUAAAUCUGA